AUGGCACCGUCACAUGAUAUUGGGGCUUUCUCCUCCUCUUCCUCUUCCUCUUCCUCCUCUGGAUCAUUCACUAAUUACUAUGAUGUGUUUCUCAAUUUCAGGGGUAAAGAUACACGCAAUAACUUCACUGGCUUCCUUCACAGAGCUCUGAAAAGAGAAAGAAUUAAUGUGUUUAUGGAUAACGAAGAACUGUGUGGUGGAGAAGAGAUCAGAUCAGCUCUCCUCGAAGCAAUCAGAGGAUCUAAAAUCUCGAUUCCCGUCUUCUCUAAAGGCUAUGCGGAUAGCAAAUGGUGUCUCAUGGAACAAGUUGAGAUUGUUCGAUGCGAUAGAUCCAAUUGUCAACUAAUUCUGCCAAUAUUCUUGGAUGAUGUUGAGCCAACAGAUGUUCGCCAUCAGACUGGAAGUUUUAAAGGAUCUUUCAAAAAACAUGAGGAGACAUUUGAUGUUGAAACUAGAAAGUGUUGGAAGGAAGCUUUGAAUGUGGUAGGAGGAUUAACGGGAUAUGAACUCAAGCAAGUAAACGGGUAA